CGUCCAACCAGCUGCUCCUCCCGCCUCCCGCAUCUGCCCUUUCUCCUCCCGCACCCAAUCCCAGCACGCCCUCCCCUGUCCUCCCCCGCCGACCGCAAUGGCCACCAUGACCGAACACGCCCUCCCCACUCCCCCCCACUCGCCCCUCGCGCUCGAGCCCGCCCGUGGCGCGGACGUCCUCCUGGACUCCCUGACCGCCUUCUACCAGCAGGAGCGCUACUGGAUCCACCACACCCGCGCCGCCCUCGAGGUCGCCCUUGCCAAGGGCUCCGACGCUCGUGCCAUUACCUUUGGUGCCUCCUCGCCCUCGGAAAGCCCCAGCGUAUCUGUCGGCAGCCUUACGCCCGAGAGCGCAUCGAGCCCCUCGGCGUCCACGACCUCCACCAUGGACGAGCCUUCCGCCACAGCCGCGCUCCCAACUGUAAAGACGGAGCCAGACAUGCUCCCGGAUGCCUUGUCUGCCUCCGAUCACAGCGCCGCACUCGCGAAGCGCAUAACGCGCUGGAACCGGCGCAAGAACAUGAUGAAGCUCAAGCUCGAGGGCAUCUCCUCGACCGCUUUGCGUCGACGCCGGCCGCACCGCGCGCCGGUGUCUGAGCCGGGUGCACGGCUGCUCGAGAUGUUCAGCGAGCUCGUCGACGCACGCAUGGAGAGUUGCCAGCGGGUCUCGCGCCUCGUCCGCGAGACGCACCGCCCGCAGCCGGAGUUCCUCUCCCUGGCCAUGCGCUGCGCGGCGUGGGGGGGCGGCGCGAUUUGGAAGCAAGAUACGGAGUCAGUGACACAUCCGAAAGAAUGCCUUGCGACGCGGCCGACAGCCAUACGGAGCUCCUUGUCGCGGUGCGGUGGUGGUCGAGGUGCACCCAGACAGGUCGCUCCGAGCCUCGGUCGCGGUCUUGCGCGCGGACUGGCCAAUCAGCGUGGUGCAGCCGCUAGAAAUCAUGCUACGGUCCGCCUCCGUCAGAUACGCUUGUACUCCGCCGAAGCGGACUUGGGCAUUCUAGGUGAGCAGACAACGGGUUCCCAGCAGCCCCUUCACUCCUCUCCGGCGAGGCAUAUGCCUGCUCACUAUGCGCCCCUCCCCAGCUCACACACCGACCCCGACGCAGACCAUGAGCUAGAGGCCGCCUUCGACGACUCUGACGACGAGGAUGACCAGCAGGGCGCCCCUGGACGCACACGCAACGGUUACCACGAGCUCGCUCACGACGAGUCCGCCGCCUCGCCGUCCGACCCAAUCGCCCCCGAGCCAGCCCCGGGGACAUACAACUUCGAAAGCACCGACUUCGACUGGGUCCGCCCGCCGCCAGGCUCCCCGCCAAGUCCUACUCGCGCGCUCGCUAAUGACUACGGCAACUCGAACGGCGUCGUGCCGGUAUUGACAGAUAUGGAUGGUGCGAGGAGGGGUGGGUGGUUCAGGAGGACCGCCGCCGCAGUGCUACCAAGUCACUACGUUCAGCAGUUCGGGCUUGCGCAGGAGGUCCCAAGAACACCUGUGGGCGGCGGGACGAACAACGAUGGCGUCUUCGCCAAUGUGGUUGCCAAGCCGUCUCGGUCUGUGGUCAUCCAAGAAGGUAUGUGGUACAUCCGUGCAUCUGCCGCUGCGUCCUGGUGCGAUAUGUUCCGAGUCUCCCUUCGAUCAUCCAUCUGUCGGUGCACGGGCGCGUGUCCCCUCUUGUUGCUUCUGAGCUCCUUGUUUCUUCCUGCUGGUGACGAGACGUUCUUGGUGCCGGAAGAUGCGCAGAAAGACGCACCACCAUCCUACGCCGCCGCCCAGCAAGAUGCCGUACCACCCUAUUGGGAAACAACUAUCCACGCCCCGACUGCCUCCACCGAGCCCGGUGAGAUCGUCAUUGACGGCCUGCCCACUGGCUCGCUCUUCUCCUUCCUCUGGAACAUGCUCGUCAGCGUGUCCUUCCAGUUCGUCGGUUUCAUGCUCACGUACCUGCUGCACACGACCCAUGCCGCGAAGCUUGGCUCGCGUGCGGGCUUCGGGAUCACGCUCAUUCAGUACGGCUUCGCUAUGCGCCGGGACAGCCAGGAGGCUGGCUACGGGCAGACCACGCAGGAGGCGUGGAACAGGCCACACUUCUCAACGCCGCAAGAGGCUGAGAAUUACUACCAGAACUUGAACGCGACAGCACCGACGACGGAAGAGCCCACGAACGCCGAUGGCAGCAACCCGUUCUUCCUGGGCGACGCCGCGGCUGAGUGGAUAUCGUUCCUGCUCAUGACGAUCGGGUGGUUCGUCCUCCUCACCUCGCUGCUCGGUUUCUGGCGCGUCAAACGCUGGGAGCGCGGGAUCCUCAACUCGCAGCGGGACAACCCGUCCGAGCGGCACGCCAACGGGCCCGCCAACGGCACGCUCAUCCACUCGCUCGAGCGCGCCCUGGGCAUCAACGGGCUCGCGGACGGCUCGCUCAUCCGCACGGGUUUCGGGCUCGAGCGGCCAGGCGCGCGCGAGGGCGACCUCGAGGCGGAGAUCGCUAUUGAGCGCAUCGUGGGCCCGUUCCACGACCCGGAGGAGCGCGCGGCGCAUAUGGCGGAGCGCAACGAGUACCAGCUCCCGCUCACGGAUGACCCCGAGCAGAACGCGCGCGUCGCGCAGGCGAUGGCGGAGCAGGCGCGGCUGCACCAUAACUUGCGGCAGGCAGGGCUUAUUUAGGCCACCGACGCCGCGCGGCGCGUUCUCUCCCUAUCCUUAUCGGUCACAGUUUGGCGGGAUUUUGUACGAGGGCGGUGAAGUUGCGUUUUAUGCUACGACACGUACAGUCUAGGCGGCGUGCGGAGUACGUGGGCGCAUGUAUAUGGGUAGUCUUUUGUCGACGUCGGACCCUGGUCGGACCCACACAGGUUUGGUUGCUGCAUGUAAUAUUACCUACCAUACAUAUCGUUCGUUCCUGUUCGAAAUCUUCUUGCUGCUAUCUUAAGCGUCCACCGGGCAACUGCGUGCUUCUUACAGGCCGUUCAUUCCUUCGUCUUCGCUCUGUAACGAUACGUGAAAUGCGAUAGUAUAAUCAUCGAACACAUUGGAUUGUACAUCU